AUGACAGCGACUUUCAAACCAACCCUAAUCAUCCACGGUGGUGCAGGCAAUAUACAACGCUCCAAACUACCUCCUGACCUUUACGCCGCACAUCAUGCCUCACUCCAAUCCUAUCUUCGCUCAACAAACCACCUUCUCAACAAUGGAGCCACAGCCUUGGAUGCAGCCGUCCAUGCAGUCUCCUUACUAGAAGAAGACCCACUUUUCAACUGCGGCCGCGGCAGUGUAUUUACAACAGCAGGCACAAUCGAGAUGGAAGCAUCAGUAAUGGUGACAUCCGUGCACGCGUACGACGCAACACAGCCAGGUACAAUAAAACGCGGGGCAGGUGUCAUGGGGGUCCGCAAUGUACGCCACCCGAUUCAACUUGCCCGCGAAUCGCUCCUCAGAACGGGUGUCAACCCCGACGGGUCACCUACCGAUGACGGAGGCAGUAUGCAUUCCCAGCUUGUCGGUCCGCACGUUGAGACUCUGGCCAGGGAUUGGGGGCUCGAGUUUAAGCCUGAUGAGUGGUUUUGGACACAGAAGAGAUGGGACGAGCAUUUGCGUGGCCUGAAAGGUGAAGAAGAGCCUGUUUCUUUGACUCAGGGCACCGUCGGCUGUGUUUGUCUGGACCAGUGGGGAAAUUUGGCUGUUGCGACGAGUACGGGUGGCUUGACAAAUAAGCUACCAGGAAGGAUUGGCGAUACGCCGACUCUUGGGGCUGGGUUUUGGGCCGAAUCGUGGGAUGAACUGGCGCAAAUUGGUGAUAAUGCCUCGUCAACGCCGAAUAUUCCUUCGGUGGGUGACAUCCUACGUGACGCAAGGAUGUAUCUGGCGGACUGUAUGCCGCAGUUUCUACGAGAGCCAGAGACUGCUGAUUACUCGCCACUUCGGAAUGCUGAAAUUUCCCAGGUACCGUCCCCAAAGGCUGAAAAAUUUUCAACUUUCCACCAACCACUAUACCCUCAACACGCCAAGAAAAGGCAUGCGAUUGCUGUCUCUGGAACUGGGAAUGGGGAUUCAUUUCUCCGCGUCGCAGCUGCGCGCACGGCUGCCGCAAUGCUGCGAUUUUCACCACCGGGAACGUUUCCUUUGGGUCUGGCAGAUGCAGUGACGGCUGUAGCUGGCCCCGGUGGUGAGCUGCAACGCUCAGCCGAUGCGAGAUGGAAGUCCACCGGCGAGGGAGAAGGUGGUAUUAUCGGUAUAGAAGCAGAGCUGGCCACUGCAGCUGGAUCAUCGGAUGUCAAGUUGCAUCGUGGACGGGUUGUGUUUAACUUCAACUGCAGCGGUAUGUGGCGCGCUUGGAUGGACACGGACGAUACUGGGAAGGAAAUUGAAAGAAUCAUGGUCUUUCGAGAGGAGUACUAA